GAUGUGUCUGGUCCGAAUGAAGCAGGAGGGUCGCACAGGAAAAUACAUGUGUCGCUACAUAGUUCACUGCAUGUGGGAGGAUGUUGAACAGCGUGGUAAGGUGAUGGGGAUUAAUUCUGUUGUUCUAAAGGAAGAUAUGAGAACUAUGGUAGAAAAUUUCUAUGCAGCUCUAUUUGGAUAUGAUGAGGGAAUCUUGUCUGAUGAUCAUGUUCUGGCAGCUGCUCUUUGGAGAAACCUUUUCAACAGGAACUGUGAGGACCCUCGUCACCUGGAGUUACUCGUAGAGUACGUGCGCAAACAGGUGCAGCACCUGGACGCGCUGAGCGGGGAGGACCUGCUGCUGACGGGCGAGGUGAGCUGGCGGCCGCUCGUGGAGAGCAACGCCCGCAGCAUCCUCAAGCCCCUUUCCCCUGUUUACAACGAUGAGGGACUCUGA